GUCCAACUCGAGCAUUUCCGUCCGGCAGCGGUCCAUUAUUAUCCAGACCGCAGAGGCACCUCAGCAGCUCAACUCGCCUCGUACAACCCACAUCAGGAAGACGCCGGGGGUGGUCGGUGAUGCGUCGAUGAGGCUCGGUACUUGGGACAACUUUACACUGCUCGCGGAGUUCCCCCUGGCGCCAAAAAGCAAGCGUGGCCCGUUCCACGCUCGCACGACACAGCACGGCUGCCACCGGGUCAGCGGGUAACGAGGCCCCGUGACGGGGGUCGUCCAGACCGAAGUGCUCCGCGCCUCUCCGUAUUAUUUGCUCUUCUCGUCAACCUCCUCAUGAUGGACGGCCGGCGGUUUCCUCCCUUUCCAGAUCCCAACAGCCGAACACCAUCGCAUCCGCCGCUCUCACCACUUGCCCUCCCCAAUUUUUGUGCGCACCACACUUGCUGCCCUGCGCAUUCCCAACGAGUCCUGGUAGCAGGAAAGUAAAAGGGAAACAGAGAAGAUUUUAGAGGAAGAAAAGAAGAAUAAGGCAGGAAACGCACAUCCUUGGGUGAUCUCAGGUUUGACUUCGAAAUGAAAGUCGUGCGCCAUUUUCUUACUUCCUUCCCUUCUUUCGUUAGAUUUCUUUUUGUUGUUCUAUGAGCAGCCAUCAACGACAUGGGACGACAGACUAGAUCGAUCAUUAAGAUUGCUCUUGAUUAUUCCGGAGAGCGACGCUGUCUUUUGUCUACCUUUUCCUUGCCUCUCCUUUCGCUGUACCUACCACGGGACCUUCCAGUAGCAUCGCUUCUUGCAAGCAAACCCACACCCACCCACCAACUCACAACCGUGACUCGCCCCCGGUUUAUUCACCCGUCCGUCUUCUGUCCUCUUAUUCGUCCAUGUGUGGAUGCCGGUGUUAUCAUUAUACGCAGGUUCUCCGCCUCGAAGCUGUAAAAGAGAAAAACUUCUUUUCUGAAUUGAUGCGCCUCUUCCAGGAACAGCUCCUAGUGGGUUCUCAUUCAUCCUCCGUCCCCACCUACCCGUAGGCGUUUAAAACAACGUCAAGAAGCAAGAAAAACUUUUGGUGCUUCUUUCCACAGGUGCAGCCAGCCAGCUGCCGCCGCUGCCGGUGCAAUUUGGGAGCUGCGAAGCGGGAGAAGGGCCUCUUCGUGCCGUUUCGGAGAUGAGCUACGGGAGCAGCUCGAUCACUUCAGGUGCCAAGACUCCCGCGAGGACGUUCGAGUACGGGAGGACACAUGUGGUCAGACCCAAAGGGAGGCACCUGGCUACUGUUGUGUGGCUUCAUGGCCUAGGUGAUCACGGAGCAAGCUGGUCCCAACUCCUGGAAACCCUCCCUCUCCCAAAUAUUAAGUGGAUUUGCCCAACCGCCCCAACGAGGCCUGUAGCAGUUUUUGGUGGUUUUCCUUCAAAUGCUUGGUUUGAUGUCGGAGAUCUGUCGGAAAGUGGUCCUGAGGACAUUGAAGGAAUGGAUGCAUCAGCUGCACACAUUGCAAAUUUGUUAUCAGCAGAGCCUGCUGAUAUCAAACUUGGUGUUGGUGGCUUUAGUAUGGGUACCGCCACUGCCCUAUACUCUGCAACUUGUUGCGCUUAUGGGAAAUAUGGAAGUGGCAAGCUAUACCCUGUCAAUUUAAGUGCUGUUGUUGGUCUAAGUGGCUGGCUUCCAUGUGCCCGGAGCUUAAAGAACAAGUUGGAAGUCUCUCAAGAUGCCGCGAGACGGACUUCAUCCUUGCCUAUUUUACUUUGCCACGGAAAAGGAGAUGAUGUAGUGCUGUAUAAACAUGGAGAGAAAUCUUCUCAGGUUCUAAAAUCAGUCGGAUUCGAGAAUGUUACUUUCAAGACAUAUAACGGGCUCGGCCACUAUACAGUCCCGGGAGAGAUGGAGGACGUCUGCAAAUUUCUCGUUACGACGCUGGGACUCGACGGAUCUUAUUCUUAAGUAACGAAUGAUGUUUCGGAUCGAGAAAAGAUUGAAGUGCGUGCUAUAGUCCAUAGAUGAUAACAUCAUGGUUCUCUGUCAUAGAUACGGUAAAGCUGGAUUGGGAAGGAAAGCCGGCCCUGGUUCUUCUGCUUAAUGUGCCUUGUACAGAGAAUGUUGUGCUAUCAACUCUGAGUAUCUUAUUCA